AUGUCACUAAAAACCAGCAAAGUACCUCAGAAAUGGAAAUCCGCUAAUUUAUUACCACUCCCUAAAGAAUCACCAUUAAAUUCGUGCAACCAGUUAAGACCAAUCUCUCUGACGGACAUCAUCAUGAGACUAUUCGAGAAGUGCGUGUAUAAAUCUGAAAUCGAACCUAUCACAAGAAAUAACAUUGGUCCUGACCAAUUUGCUUAUAAAAAGGGUCACAACUCGACUAUGGCUCUGAUUAAAUCCCAACAUCAAUGGCUAGAGUGGCUGGAUAAAAACGCUAAUUAUGUUAGAGUGCUGUCGUUCGAUUUCAGCAAAGCAUUUGACAGUGUGCCCCAUGAUCUUUUGUUUGAAAAAGUUAAAAAGCUACCCAUUAAUCCGUAUGUGGUGAACUGGUUAAUCAGCUUUCUAGAAAAUAAAAUACAAAGAGUAAUGGUUGAUGGAAUGGUUACAGAAUAUUUAUAUAUUAAUCGUGGUGUCCCUCAAGGUACUGUUUUAGGCCCAGUUCUUUUCUCAAUAAUGGUUGAUGAUAUUAAAACUGCUGAUCCUAGUAAUGCGUUAGUCAAAUUUGCUGACGAUUUGACGUUAGGAGUGCCCGGCAACGAAAGUGGUGACACAUCUCGAUCUGAAGCUGCCUGUUUACAGGAUUGGGCGGAAGAGAAUAGAAUGCCCUUAAACUUGGAAAAAACGUACGAAAUGGUUGUUCGCAGACACACCUCUGUAGUUUUGCCCGAGCUUAUCCCUUCAAUUAAGCGAAAAACAUGGCUAAAGCUUUUAGGAGUUACUCUACAAGAUAACCCGUGCAACUGGGAUUUGCACUUUGAAGAAAUGCUCAAAAAAGCAAGUGGACGAAUGUACAUUAUGAGAGUUUGCAAAUACUAUGGACUAUCAAUUAAACAAUUAGAUCUGCUGUUUGAUAGCCUAAUUAUGUCGAUAUUCACUUUUGCUAUUGAGCUGUGGGGUUGUGCAUACGACGGUAAAUAUUUGAACCAAAUAGAUAAAUUCAUUAAACGUGCACAUAAGAAUGGUUAUAUAUCAAAACGAACACACAUUAAAGAAAUACGUGAUAAGAGAGAUAAGAAACUGUGGAACAAAAUAACAUCAACUGAGGACAAUGCAUUGCUUGAACUGCUGCCGGAAAAAAGAAGUAGGUUACUUAGGCCUAGAGGGCAUGAGUAUGAACUCCCCCUAGUGAGAACAGAAAGAUUCAAAAGGUCGUUCAUAAAUCGUUGUCUGUAUAACUUUGUUUAGACUUUAAUCUAUUAAAAACUUUUUAAAACUUUUUACGCUUCUUAACUUACAAUUGUAAAUAUAACUAGAUCAAUUACCUUUCGAUUGUAAACUCAGACGGAUGUAUCUGAGUAUUUUAAUAAAGACUAUUAUUAUUAUUAUUAUUAUUAUGACACACGCCACACGCAAACAUGAAUAUUCAAAAUGGCGGCUCACCGGUCAAAAAUCAUAGAGCGGUAUAGGGAAAAACCAUGUUCUUUGCAUUUUGCGUUGUCUUACAGCUUCCGAUCCCGUUCUAUCACAUUAUUUUAUGAAGAACUAACUGGUGUGAAGGUUUUGGAUAAAUAUUUGUACAAUUUAAGUUCAAUAAAGACGAAAUAAUCGAUCGCUAAAUGUUGUCUGAAAAUCAUCAGAUGGUAGGUUGAGCACUUCGAGACAUUUUGUUGCAGAAAAUAAAGGUUUUGGUUCUUUGAGUACUUUUUUCUCCAGGAUCUCGGUUGGGAUAUAAAACUGGGUAUAAUAUUGUGAAGUAUUUUGAAGUUAAAACCUAUUUUGCUUGAUUUACCUGGUCUGCUGGUGCAAAAACUUUGAUGCUCUGUUUACAAGUUUUUAGUGUGACUUUGAUGACCUCCUUGCUGCUGCAGAUGUCAAGGGAUCUCAAGUCUAUAUGGCCUGGACAGUGAAAAGUGAUGAAUCAAUCAGGAUUUUACAGAGAACUAGUGACAGCGAAAAUUUUCAAUGGAAACUAAUGAAGAAACUGAUUAAUUUGUCUAGUAUGCAUCAAAAACCUUCGCAGUAUAUGUAGUUCUCUCCAAAAAACCCGAUUGAUUCAUCAUUGAUAAUCAAAAAUAGAUGGGACAGCAUCUUCUUUCAGCUAUUCUAAGUACAAUCAUGCGUAACAUUGGUUAUAAAACAAGGUGAUCUCAAUAGUUCAGGGUCAGUUUGUUAAACGCUCUGCCCAUGCAGUAAGUAGGUCAGUCAUGGCUCUAUGUUGAAGCUCAAGUCUAAAGACGAUCCAGAAUGAUCAAGUUGGAAAUCAAGUCGUCUAGGACACGACGAAAUGGCAAAAAACAACGCCAAGCAGAAGCCGUGCGCCGCGAAACAAAGCGAAGCCGAAGACGUAUUUGGUAAUGUAUUUGUUCAAUGCUCAAUUCAGUAAUUCGCAAUCUUGUUGUUCGUCGGUUGGUGCCGAACAAUUUGGUACUUUUUGUACUGGCUUCGUAAAGGCCGUAUAAGUAUUCCGUUCGGAACGAAUAUGUUGAAUAUAACUUAGACUGACAUAAGUUGUCCUGCUCAUGGGAAAGUAUUAGCUGAGCUACGAUAUAAGCAAGUCAUUGUAACGCGACGUUUCGCUUCAUUCCGCGUUCCUGAUAAUAACCUAGCUCGGAGGUUACAUGCGUAACCUUGUCGGUAUGAAAUUGUGAUUUUUUGUGGCGGUUUCAGCACACAUGGUGGUUACAUCUAGCCUGGUUGAAGCCAGACUCAAAGAUAUCAUACAACUCCAAAGUCCGGACUCUAUAUAGAGUUACAACUGAUCUAGUUCGACGGAGAACAAAACGAAGAGCGAAGCUCGCCCUUAAUUCUGCAUUGCUAAUUGUGUUUUGGUUGAGGCCAAUAUUUAAAUUCAGUUUAUACCCUUUACAUUUUAGAUUACGCCUCUUUGAAUACGGAAGGCCAUUCACCCUUCAAUUUGCAUGGACUUACUCAUAACAUGACAUGGCAUAACAUAACAUUUAUUAUUCAAAUACCUCGCUAUACACAUUUGUGUAUAAGCUCACGUGGACACACGUGGUCGUCAGUUCGCACCGUACGUCUUCUUGCCAAAAAUAAUAUUCCACUAAUCAAUUCUUAUCUACCAAUGUAAUUACCAUACAACUUACCCUCAUGGGGACGCAGUUAGUGUUUACCAUUUAAAUGACUCGGGACGGUGGAGGCCGGCAAGGGAUUUAACAAAUCAAUUUCGCCCUCGGUAGCGGCCGAGCGAGUACGUCUUUAAAUCAAAUUCCUCGGUGGUGCCUGAGCUGUUAUGUUUUGUUUCUUUCAACUUAAAACUAUUUGGUAGCGGCCGAGUAUGUUUCACGGCUCGCAUGAUGGAAAUCCUGUUGGACUUUUAGAUAAGGCCCCUAGUUUUGAAAAAUCAAUUACAAGUAACAACUACUAAAAAUGUCGACAAAUAAGGCAAUAUAUAUUACGAUUAUUUACAUAAAAAUAGUUAAAAGAAUAAGGAGAUAAAAGUUGACUUUAUUUACAGUAUUUGCAUUAAGCAGAUAGUAAGUAAUAGGAUUUUAUUUUUUUCUUAAGACAAAUACGAUUUGAUAUUUUUGAUAUUUUCAUUGAGACCAUUCCAUAUAGAGAUCCCUUUGUUAAACACAGUACAUUUACGAUAAUUAGUUCUUUGAAAGUUCACGUGUAACUUGGUGGAAUUACGUGUAUUAUAAUUGUAUAGUUCACUAUUUUGUUUAAAAUAAUCACAAUAAAAAUCCGGCAAAUUAUUUUGAUAAUAAAAGAAUCGAUUCAUAAAUAUACUACAUAGAUAAUCAUUAAUUUUGUAGACAUUCAAGAUUUUCAAGUCCAAAAAUAAUGGUUCAGAAUGAUCCGAAUAAGAUUUAAAACAAAUUAAUCGAACAAUUUUCUUUUGUACAUUCAUUAUUUUUGCAAUCUUGUGGGAUAUGUAUUUCCCCAAACAAGAUUCCCGUACGUGAGGUAUGGAUAAGCUAAUGCGUAGUAAAUCAAUUUUAAAGUGUUUCUAUUUGUAUAAUGUCUUAGUUUAGCAAUCAGACUUGUACAUUUAAUAAUAGUUUUCAGUACUGAGCUGAUGUGGUUCUUCCAUGUCAACUCUUCGUCAAUUAUAACACCUAGAAACUUUACAAACGUCACUUGCUUAACCAAAGCAUUAUUUAUUUUGAUUGUAUUAUCUGUGUUCAGUAAAGACUUAUUUUUUUAUUUAAAAAUUACAAAUUUUGUCUUAGAAGCGUUGAUUGAUAAUUUAUUGGCAUUGAGCCAUUUCACAACCUUAUUCAUUUCAUUUUGUAUUGUAUUAUACAAAGUUUUCAAGCACGGAUUUGAAUGAAAAGCAUUCGUAUCAUCUGCAUAUAAUACGAACGAAAGUAUAUCAAUACAGCUUUCGAUGUCGUUGAUGUAUAAAAGAAAUAGCAAUGGACCAAGAAUUGAGCCCUGUGGAACUCCUGUAGUAACAUUCAUUUCAGUUGAUCUAUGUUGUUUAUAUUUUACAAUUUGAGUUCUUUCCUGCAAAUAAUCUUUAAACCACUGAAGACAAAUUCCUCUUAUUCCAUAAUGUUGAUGCUUUUUAAGAAGAAUUUCAAAGUUGACUGUAUCGAAAGCUUUAGAAAGGUCAAGGAAAAUACCCACUGUGUAUUUUUUACCUUCAUCCAUUGCUUUAGAAAUUUUAUCGGUUAGUUCUAGAAUGGCGGCAUGUUCGGUAGAUCUAUUUCUGCGAAAUCCAUAUUGAUGUUUCAACAUAAUUAUAUAGUCUUUUGUACAUGAGCUUCUCAAGUAAUUUUGAGAAACAAGACAAAACCGAUAUUGGUCUAUAGUUCUCAAAAAGGUUGCUCUCAUUCGCUUUAAAAAUAGGAGUAACUAAAGCAAUCUUAAGGGAUUUUGGAAUCUUUCCAGUCAGAAAAGUUAAAUUAUAGAUAUAAGUUAAAGGUUUAAAUAUUUCUGCGUUUAUUGCUUUUAUCAUUUUUGAGCUUAUUCAAGUGUGAAUGACACAAAUUAUUUCAUAUAUUCAAUAUUCACAACAUCUUCACGUUCAGAUUUAAUACAUUAUGCCGAUAUUUGUGUCAUUCAGACUUAUUUCUGAGCUAAACUGAACUGAUGGUCGUCGGACAACAUCAUACAUAGCUAUGUCUGAACAUUUUGUCAGGCAGCCCAUGUUUUAGGGGGUUACUUCAUUACUGUAAUAAGACUGCAGCGCUAUUGGUUUCAGAAGUGGGUGUUAUGCAGGCUGGCAGGAGAAUCUACAGUACUUUAUCAUUUUACUCUGUCAGGAGAAUGCGGUCCUGCAUCUUUACAUAUGUCCCUCCACUAAAUGUUUGCACAAUAUUGGUGUCAUAGGAAAUUUGCCAGGAAUUUGACCCAUCUGGGGCAUUAUAAUAGUCGAAGAGAGAUUUUGGAGGAAUAUUAACCCCUCUAGGAAAUUUGCCUCCUUCCUUAAACAAAUACUUUAUUAAGGAAAACGAACGCGCGCGUGCGCGCACGCAAUUUAAUUUAAAUUAGCUUGCGUAAGAUGAACGUUUAAAAGUUGUACACGUCAAAUGUAAGAACAAUUUGUUAGCCUGAGGACGGAUAGUAAACUAUCCGAAACGUAGCUAAAAUAAAAGUAUUAUCAAAAACCUCUUGUGUGAUCCUUGAUUUAAAUUAAAAACACAAAAUUAUUGAAAAAUAAUCCUUUAUGGAUUUAUGUGUGAAAUAAACUUUGUUCUCAAUUUAUCCUUCAGAUUUCAAGAUUAUUUGAAGUUGCUGACAGAUUUUUCAAGUUGCCAUCCGACGAGAAAGAGCAAUUUGCAACAGAAUUCAGUCCAACCAAUUUCCAUGGAUGGAUGUCUGCAGGAAGGGAAAUGUGAGUGUAUAGUUUUCUAAAUAGAGUGGACAAACAAGCAGAGACCUGCUGUACAUGUACAAAGAACACAAAAAAUUUGUGGUUCCAAGUGUUGCAUGGUACCAAGUUUAUAUACCAGACAUGCAAAAAAAUUAAGACAACAGGGACCAAGAAAUUUUCAGUUGCAUGUAUAAUUAGGACUGCUUACCAAAAGUAUGAUUGGUUAUGAUUGGUCAUGCAGGAAGUGUUCAGCAAACAAAUCAGUGUAAAUAUUGAAAAGCUGGCCGACCAUUAUUAAUUUAGUCAAUCUCCAAGCAACUGCACACUUGAGCGGAUAUUUGUUAGACACAAGCGAAAUUCUUAUAUUCCACACUGAGAUAAAAAAAUGAAUAUUGUUCUUACAUUUACGUACCUUACUUGUAUAUAUUCGCAUGGUAUACUAAUUUCACUCAUGCAGUACAUGUUAAUUUCACGCGACUUAGUUUCGCACACUCUAAACGCAAUAUUUUCAAAAAGUUCUAAUUGUAUAGCGCUGUUACAUGUUACAUUAAAUGAUACAUGACAUUUGGAUACUUAAAUGUUGUGCUUGUUAACCAUUAAGUUGCGUUGCGCCCCAAUGCGUCGUACUUUAUCAUUUUACUCUGUCUAACCCAGAAAAUUUCACUGGUGCUCAACGGGUAUUAAAUCAGACUAUGUUCCCAUCGCCCAGUUAACACAGUAAGUUAAUUGCACUGCGCCCUAGUGCACCUUACUACAAGCGUUAAACUGUCUCGUGUAAAUAAUCAAACACUGCUUACUGACUGUGUAUUUUGAAUUUUUGAUUAUUACUAGUCUUGAUCCCAAUGAGCCCUAUGAUCUUAAAGAAGCUUACGAUAUGGUGGAACCUUAUAACAAUGACUUACCUUGGCCUACUGGUGGCUGCUCAGACUUCCAUGAAACUAUUAAGAAUUUUUACCAGACUUGUGAAAAAUUAACACAUGGAAUUCUGGAUUUGAUUUCCUAUGGAUUGAAGUUAAAGAAGGUUCCUGGCGGUGAGGACAAGGUUCCUGGCGAGGAGGACGAGGUUCUUGGCGGUGAGGACAAUGUUUCUGACGGUGAGGACAAGGUUCCUGGCGGUGAGGACAAGGUUCCUGGCGGUGAGCACAAGGUUCCUGGUGGUAAGGACAAGGUUCCUGGCGGUGAGGACAAGGUUCGUGGCGGUGAGAACAAGGUUUCUAGCGGUGAGGACAAGGUUCCUGGCGGUGAGGACAAGGUUCCUGGCGGUGAGGACAAUGUUCCUGGCGGUGAGCACAAAGUUCCUGGCGGUAAGGACAAGGUUCCUGGCG